CUUGACCAAUCAUUCAUUUACUUUUACCAUUUCUUCAUCAAAAAAGUUCCCACGCACUAUCACUUCUUUUGCACUUACAAGAGGCUUCUCCUUAAACUCCUAGAAUCUUCUGUUUGCUCACUAACAUCAUCAGCAUCCCCACACCAUGAUCACAGAGGAUCUUUUUCAACAUGAAGCAUAACUUACUAGCGAAUGCAAUUUUCAUUUUCCCAUUUGCUAGAAAUCAAGGUCCUAUAUUUUCAUUUUACUACUUGUAAACUAGAAACUGAGGGUCCUUACAACGGUCUUUGGCACUAUUUGUCAUAAUUUGGAUCACCAAAGAGGGAUCAUCUGCACUUCAAAAUUUGGCAAGUUUGUUUGCUCCCUGGCCCAAUAUUUUUCUUUGUAAUACUUGGUCUCCUUACCUGGAUACUGAAGGAGAUCAUGACAAUGCAAAUCUCAAGUAAAACAUUUGAUCGAGCACCAAGUAUUCGGCAGCUAUUUCCACCCAAAAAUCUUGAGGAAGGCAACGGAUGUGACACAUGUUCUGUUCAGUUCAUCAACCAUCAAUGUGACACACCAGAAAGCAGAAUCCAUCAAUGCUAUAGUUCAAAACCACUUAUGUUAGAAGAUGGGACUCCUAGCCCCAGAAAUUCCAUAUCUUCUAUUCCUUCCAAUUCCAUUGAACAUGCUGUAUCAAUAUAUCAACAAGUUGAUCGGUCAAGUACUUCUGCGAUUUCACCUCUUCAAGUUAAUGAUCAAAUGGUUAUUCAACACAUUAAUUCUUCAGAACCCCCCUCAAGUUCAUUUCCGGCCUUCAGAGAUAAAGUACCAAUGAAUCUUCACAUGUAUUUGCCCUUAUAUAGAGCUUCAUUGAAAGGUGAUUGGGAGAAGGCCAAUGAGUUCCUAAAUUUGCAUCCUGGUGCGGAGAAUGCCAUGAUUUCAAGAGGGUGGGAAACAGCUCUUCAUAUUUCAGCUGGGGCUCGACGCACCAAAUUUGUGGAGGAACUUGUCAAAAGAAUGAGAACUACAGACUUGGAAAUUCAAAACAAAGAUAACAACACUGCACUUUGUUUUGCUGCUGCAUCUGGGGUUACCAAGAUAGCAAAGCUGAUGGUUGAUAGGAAUAGAAACUUGCCAGUUAUACGAGGUAGUGAAGGUGUGACACCACUUUAUAUAGCUACAUUACUGGGCCAAAGGGACAUGGUUUGGUAUCUCUAUUCAGUGACCAAUCAUGAGAUUCUAAAAACUGAAGACUACUUUAGCCUAUUGAUUGCUGCUAUAUCUACAGAUUUAUAUGAUUUUGCCUUACAUGUACUUGAGUGUCAACCACAAUUAGCAACUUAUCAUGGUUUGAAUGGGGAGACAGCUUUACACGUGUUAGCAAAAAAACCUUCAUCAUUUACCAGUGGCAUUCAACUAGGAAUCUGGGAAAGAUGCAUCUAUCCAUGGAUCCAAGUCAAACUAGCAAAUGACUAUAGAUGCCAGUCUAGCAUCUUCCAAUCCCAGGCACCUUUGACUUUUCAAGUUGCAGAUAACCUAUUGGUGACUGGACUCUGUCAGGCUGUCAAAUAUAUUGUACCAGGAUUUGAAGCAGUUCAGAAGAAAAAGACAUUGAACGCACAGGCAUUAAAGUUAGUGCAACGUCUUUGGGAACUGAUAGUGUCUUCAGACGAAAUACAACAUGGAGACUUAAUUAAAAGCCCUUUGUCACGGCCCCUAUUUAUUGCUGCUGAAUCUGGGAUACCUGAGAUUGUAAUUGAGCUUCUUUACUCAUAUCCAGAUCUACUUUGGAAAGUUGACGGCCAAAAUAGAAGUCUUUUUCACAUUGCAAUCAUGCAUCGUCAGGAGAAAAUAUUUAACCUGAUUUAUGACAUAGGGGCACACAAGGAUCUGAUAACUUCAUACAGAGAUAAUAACAAUCACAAUAUACUGCAUUUGGCUGGAAAAUUGGCCCCUUCAGAACAACUUCAUGUUGUAUCUGGUGCAGCGCUGCAGAUGCAAAGGGAAUUAUUGUGGUUCAAGGAGGUGGAAAAGAUCAUACAGCCUCUAUUCAAGGAGAUUAAGGAUUCUCAAGGUAGGACACCUCAAAUGUUAUUCACUGAGGAACACAAGGAGUUGGCCAAAGAAGGAGAGAAGUGGCUGAAGAACACUGCUUCAUCAUGCAUGCUAGUUGCAACACUUAUUACCACUGUGAUGUUUGCAGCAAUCUUUACAGUACCAGGCGGGAACAACAACAAUAAUGGAUAUCCCAUUUUUAUGCACACUACAUCCUUCAAAGUUUUCGCUCUCUCAGAUGCUCUUGCAUUGUUCUCCUCAGUAAUAUCUGUAUUGAUGUUUUUGUCCAUACUCACCUCAAGAUAUGCACAGGAAGAUUUCCUUGUGUCACUACCUAGAAGGUUGAGUGUUGGCAUUGCAACCCUUUUCUUCUCCAUCAUUACAAUGCUCAUAGCUUUUGGUGCAACAUUUUUCAUUGUACUUGGACAUCAAUUGGCUUGGAUUGUCAUUCCAACAACCCUUGUUGCUUGUAUCCCUGCAAUAUUGUUUGCCCUUUUACAGUUUCCUCUUCUUGUUGAUACAAUCUCAUGUACAUAUGGAGCUGGCGUAUUUUCUCGUUGAGGUAAUUAGGUAAAUAGAAUUUGAAUAGUUUAAGUUUUCAUUUUAGUUGAGGUCUUAGUUCUGUGGCUGCUAACUCUGCCUCUGCGUAAUUGUGCUGAAUGCUCAUGUUCUGGAAACACUCAAUUAUAUACUUAAAAGUGUGGGUA